AUGCAAACAUUCUCAUCCAAGAGGAGACCCAUCCAUCCACAAUGCCCAUCUACUCUCUUCUUCUUCUUUCUCUCUUUAGCUCUGAUCAUCUCUGGUGUGAGCUCUCGUGUCCUGAGUCCUGUCCCUCUGAAUGACUCCAUCUUGAUCUCUGAUGGUGUCCAUGAUGCCUUGGAUUACAAGUUUCUCACUCUUGACCCUCCAAAGAACGUCUCCAAGGCAGCUUGUGAUCAUGUCUACGGGUUUCUUCCAUGUGCAGACAAUCUUGGAGGUUACGUCUUCCAAGUUUUCUCUUUUGGCUGUCUCUUGAUCAUCGGUGACUAUUUCAUGUCUGAAGGAAGAUCAAAACUCUUUGUAAUCUUUGAGGUCGGUUUCUAUGGCGGUAUCGUCUUCCCUCUUCUUACAAUGUUCCCAAGAAUUGUCCUUAUGCUCUCGCCUGGACUAUCAGCGACACACGAUGGUGCUCUCUUGAUUGUUGGUAACAAUGUUGGAGUUACUGUAGGACAUACAGUUUUUGCUUUGACAAUGCAGUGGGGAGCUUGUGUUGUCUUUGGUUUGACUGGUCCUAAUGCAGACCAGUCAAGCCGGAGAGGAGCCGUCAAAAGAACAACCUCUGAUACGAAGAAUCCAAGAAGAGGAUUUUACAGGAUGAAGAUACUUAAAAGUGUUGUUGAAGCAAGCGUAGACGCGGAUCCUAAGAACAAGAAAGCUGCAGGGGUUAUGCUUUUGACUCUAGUUCCAUUUUUCAUGGUGACAUUGCCUGAUUUACUUGAUGCACAAUCUUGGAGUGACAUCACUAUCUUGAUCACACUCAUUAUCACCUGUUCUUCAACCUUUAUCUACUUUGUUUAUUCGUAUUUUGAUACGGCAGAUCAAAAGAAGAGCUUAGAUCACGCCAAGUUUGAGCUCAUGUCCGAAGUUCAUAAGCAUUUGCAGAGCUUCUCUCCUCGAAGCCUUAUUAGAGAUGGACAACUAAGUAAAGAGAGCUUGAAAAGUUUGUUCGAUAAGAUCGAUAGGAAUAAAGAUGGGAAGAUUCAGAUCUCAGAGCUUAAAGACCUAACCGUAGAGUUUGGAGUAUUUGGAAGAAUGAAAUGUGACAUCAAUGAGUUUGCAAACACUUUACUUGCGGAUUUCGACAAAGACAAAGAUGGAGAACUAGACGAGGACGAAUUCGAAGAAGGGAUUAUGAAACUACUGAACCAAUACAAAUUCGACAACCCAGAAACUAGACAGAACAACACUUACAUUUACAGAACAACAUCCGAUUCCGUGCACGUCAAGAAUCAGUCUCAGGGAGAUGAAGCUGGUGUUUUAAAGCUUGAAAUGCCAAAGCAGACUCUUGUUUGUAAAUUCCUCUGUUUAAGAACACUGAGAGCUGUGAUUAAAGUCGUCGGCGGGAUGACGAUCGUCAUCUUUCUUGCUAAACCGUUUAUGAUGAACAUUGGACUCUUAUCGGUUUCAGCUGGAGUUCCUUCUUUCUACUCUGUGUUUGCAGUAAUCCCUUUGGUUAGAAACUUGAAGAACACGUUAUCUGCACAUUUCUGUCGUAAGAAAGACAAGGCAAGGAUCGCGUCUGAGAAAUUCUCUGAGAUUUACAAGGAUGUUACAAUGAACAAUCUCAUGGGAAUGUCGAUAACAUUGGCGAUUGUGUACACGAGAGGAUUGAAAUGGGAUUAUUCAACAGAAGCUCUUCUUGCUGUGGUUGUUGGUCUUGCCAUUGGCUUACCUGCUUACGUGAGAUCCACGUAUCCGUUCUGGAUCUGUGUUAUGGCCUUUGCUAUGUAUAUCUCUUCUCUUGUUCUCAUCUAUCUCCAUUUUCAUCUUCGCGGUCAGAUUUGA